AUGGCGGCUGAUGGCAUGACCACAGAGGGCCCUGAGACCCAGAGGGUCUCCUCAGUGGUGAUGGUGACCAUCAUGAGCAUCCCUGCUCUGCAGGAGGCUCCCCGUGCUGGUACCGAGACCACACUGCCUGGGGCUGGGCAUCCAGGCAGCCCCCGCCCGCAGACUCAGAGACCCUCGGCAGCGGCUGUGUGCACCGGAGGUAUGGCCGUGUUGGCGACGCCGGGGCUGGAGGCGCCCCCCCAGCACGAGCAAGGAUUUUUAGCUUUUGAUGCUACUGGACUAGAGAUUAAGCAGGCUGUGUUCUCCAUGAAGAUCUCUCACACAAAGCUUUCUGCGGAUGAUGAGUGGAACCUGUGGCAGGAGAGGAUGUACAGGAUGCACUGGGGCCAUGAGUCCGUGCACGUGGAGAUGGUCUUGAUCUUCCUCUGUGCCCUGGUCAUCGCCCAGAUAGUGGUGGUGCAGUGGAGACAGAAGCAUGGUCAUUCCGACAACCUGGUGACCCUAUUGCAGAUGUGGGUUGUCCCUUAGUAUUUCACAAUAAAACUUCACUGAUGUUAAAAAAAAAAAAAACUUUACUGGUGGUGAUUUCUGUCUAUGUGGGGAAUGUUCUCAGUUAUUUCCAGCUACAUCCUCUUCAGCACUACCCGAAAACCCCUCUCAGGGAGAACGCCACAAUUUGUCUACAAAUGGUUUCUUCUCAUCCAAAAAGUCAGCUGUGCAUUUGGUGCUGUGGGUUAUUUGGCUAUCAUGUUUACAAUGUGUGGAUUCAAUUUGUUUUUCAAAAUCAAGGCUAGAGAUUCCAUGGAUUUUGGCAUCUUGCCCUUGUUCUAUGGCCUCUACUAUGGAGUAAUGGGGAGAGAGUUUGCAGAGAUCUGCUCAGAUUACAUGGCUUCUACUAUAGGGGAAGCAUUGCUUUCAUUCUUUGAAAUCAUUUAUGAGUCAGUGGGAUGCCCAACCAGGAGCUCGUCAGACAAUAUCUGUGCCGCCUGUGGGCAGAUCACCGUGGUGCUAAAUGGACUCACUGAAAACACCUACCAGCUUUCGUGUAAGCAUGUCUUUCAUGAAUUCUGCAUCCGAGGUUGGUGUAUUGUUGGUAAAAAGCAGACGUGCCCUUACUGCAAAGAGAAGGUCGAUGUGAAGAGGAUGAUCAAUAACCCAUAUCCUUUUCUGUAA